AUGAGGAUCUCCGAAUGGCUGGCUGUGGAUGGGUUGGUCAGUGCCUCAGACACCGGCAAGGAGGAUGCUUUCUCCCAGAAAGAUUGGAUGUUGGAGAAAAUGGAUCUUAAAGAGUUUGACUUUGAUGCUCUGUUUCCUUUGGAUGACCUGGAAACCAGACCAGAUGAGCUUUUGGCCAUGUUGGAUGGCACAUGUGAUAUUUUUGCCCCUCUAGUCCAAGAGACUAAUAAGGAGCUCAUGACAGCGAACCCAAUUGGCCAUCUCCCAGAAAGUGUAACACAAAUCGACCAGGUUGCCCCCUUUGCAUUCUUGCCUCCUUUCCCCUGUUCCCCAGGGGUUCUGUCUUCCACUCCAGAUCAUUCCUUCAGUCUAGAGCUAGGCAGUGAAGUUGAUAUCUCUGAAGGAGAUCUGAAGCCUGACUCAGCUUCUUACAUUACUCUAAUCCCUCAGUGUGUAAAGGAUGAAGACACCCCCUCAGAUAAUGACAGUGGCAUCUGUAUGAGCCCUGAGUCCUACCUGGGUUCUCCCCAGCACAGCCCCUCCAUCUCCAGGGGAUCACCAAGCAGUCUGCCUUCUCCAGGUGUUCCCCGUGGGUCUCCUCGACCCAAACCUUAUGACCCUGGAGUUAUUUUGACAGCUAAGGUAAAAAUUGAAAAGUUGGAUAAGAAGCUGAAAAAAAUGGAGCAAAACAAGACAGCAGCCACUAGAUACCGUCAGAAGAAGCGGGCUGAUCAGGAAGCCCUCACUGUUGAGUGUAAGGAGCUAGAAAAGAAGAACGAAGCCCUGAAAGAGAAGGCAGAUUCCCUUGCCAAAGAGAUUCAGUAUCUAAAAGAUUUGAUACAAGAGGUCCGUAAGGCAAGGGGGAAGAAGAGUUCCCUAGUAGGGUAGUCGGGGGCUUUGUGCUUGUACAUAGUCUUGUGAUGAAGCUGUGUUUGCUGUAAUAAAUUAUUUUGUAGUAAAGU